UGGCAGGCUGGUGACCGCACUGGCGCAGCUAAUGCCGGCUGCAGAUCACCUGACUUCGGCACGCGGAAGUGUGAAGUCUGCGCCCUCAACUGAGUCCGGCAGCAGCACAGCCACCUCACCGCGACGCACGGCAAUGGCCGUCGUGGCCGGAUCUCAGAUUUCUUACAUUGGACAAGACAUUGAAGAAAUCCCAGCCUCUCUUGGAGAACAGUAUGGUGGGCUUGCCAGGCGUUUGGAUAUCAGCUUCAAUCAGCUGAAGUCGCUGGCAGGCCUGAAGGCGUUUGCGCAGCUGGAAGAGCUCGUCGCAGAUAACAAUCUCCUGGGAAAUGACCUGGGGCUGCCCCAUUUGCCUCGUCUCCGCACCCUGACGCUCAAUAAGAACCAGAUCACAGACGUUGCCGCCCUGGUGGAGCACCUGCAUAAAGCAACACCUUCGCUGGAGUACCUGAGUCUGCUGGGCAAUCAUGCAUGUCCAAACGAGCUGGUGAGCCUGGAGAACAAUGAGGAGGAUUACCAGCGCUAUAGGCAUUUUGUGCUGCACAAAUUGAACAAGCUGAAGUUCCUGGACAGCAGACAGGUGGGUGAGCGUGAGCGGGCAGAGGCAGAGACACGAGGGGCCUUCAUGAAGGUGGUGAAGCCCACGGCUGAGGCGGACUGUGAUAAUGCCAGGAAUGAACCUGUGAGCCAGCAGUAUACUCCACUGCCUAAAGGCUCACAAGACGACAAAGGCCACAAAGGGGUGUUUGCCAAGUGCCGCUACGCUUACUAUGGAAAGCACUCCGAGGGCAACCGCUUCAUCUGCAAUGAUCAACUGUGAAUUAGAAAGUGAUGGUUUAGUGACAGAAAAGUUUUUUGUAGAUGUGUGAAAAAUAUUUGUAUUUAUUGUCUUUCCAGGUUAGGCAGCCCAGCUAAUAAUAAUAGAAUAAAUCCAUAUUCCCACAA